AUGGACCACAGUACGAGGCUGUAUUACCCGUACCAAAACAGUGAGCUACAGUGGGCUCGGCAGUUUUGUCCCUCGCGUGUCUCCUCUUCUGCCUCUCUCCUCUUCAUCCCGGAAAGCAUGGACUCCAUAUACGAAGCCAACCAUGCACCCGAGCUAUCAAGAGAAUAUUCAAAUGCAAUCGCGCAGUCGUUUGAAGGCUUUCAGAGAUCACAACUUUCUGGUGCUACUUUGAUCCGGCAUACAUGGUACCAACCCAAAUCACCGGCCGCAAAUGUCGACUUGAUCAGUGAGGAAGACAUCGAAAAUCUGAGGCGUACCGAGGGGGAAGGCUCACAUGAGCUGUUUUUUAUACACAAGCAUCUGAUCCUGAAUCCACGAGAAGAGAUCCCAAAAGAUGCCAACAGACUGCGAAUCUCAGGUCCCAGUCUGGAGACUCUUGCGACCAGGCUAAAGAUCCCUCUGAGCUUUAUUUUUGCUCUCGCGCGUCACUAUCUUCCCAACGGUAGAGGAUCACGCAGAAGGCCAGUGAAUGCCUCGUCCACGAGCCUGGAUCUGUGGUACUUUCUUCCUGUCAGAGUGCAAGUCGAGUCGCCCACGCCCGCCACGAAUACACCAGAAGAACAAUCCAGUCAAAACCAAAUGAAUCCUUUUCACAAGCUCCAUCUCCCGAAUAUGAACCUCGAUAUUCGGCGCUCCUGCGUGGCGAUCUUUACAAGCAUCGAUCCGGCUUCAAAACGCGUGACCUUUGUGGCGUUUGACUUUAUGCAUGGACGGUGGCCGAAAGUUGCACUCGAGCCGCGGCAACGUAUAGAAGAGGUGAUUAAUGAUCGAGCCUACGCGAGGUAUCAAGGAUACGGGCACGCUAUGCACCUGGUCUAUCUGAGCAGCGUGAUAAGAUGGUGGACAAACGCCCUGAAUAGUAUCAACGAGCAGCUCAUCGCCUACGAGCUGAAACUCCAGGCAGGGCUGAGUGCCCAGCAUACCACACCAGAUGACGUGUUGACGACCAUUAAUCGUGCCCUCCACGCAAUCGCGGCACACUUGCACCGGUAUCUAUCAGAGCUCAAGUCAUCACAGGCAAUAGUGAUGGAUCUGGCCACUCAUUUUGAGUCUUUGCAUGAGAGAGAUACUGACAAUGGCGGUAUGGAUGGCUUCGAGAAUGCUUCUCGUGGAUUUAGUCAAGUUCUUUCACAGAUCGAGGCAUUGCAUGACUUUGCCGAGGAACUGGAAAAAAAGAUCACCAAUCAUCUUGCCUUGCUUUUCAACAGAAUUCAAAUCAACAGCGACAGACUCCUCGUCGCGAAUGGCCAGGCAAUGCAAGCCAUUCUCAGCGCAAUGCACGAGGACACAAAUCUCGGCCGGCAAAUGGCAAAGGCAUCACACGCGCUAGCCCAGGAGAUGAAGCGGGAUAGUGUGGCCAUGCGAACGAUCGCUGUCGUCACCAUGUUCUUCCUCCCAGGUGCUACCUUUGCCGUCAGUCCGUGCUUGCCUCUAUGCCAUCAAUCAAGACUCACCGUUUUCACGCAGACACUCCUCUCUAUGCCAUUCUUCAGUAACAACGAAUGGCUCGAAGACGCUUCCCGAUUCUGGAUCUGGAUCGUAAUGACCGUUCCCUCGACAGGUGCUUGUUUUCUCUUCUACCAUAAGUGGAUUGCCAAGUCUCAGCGGUCCGAUAUCGCGAAUGAUAUACAUCUGGAAACGCAAAUCUCAAGACUUCAAUGA